AUGGAGCCCCGGCUGCUAGGCGGCGUUGCCUGCCUCGUCCUGGCCGGCAAGUGCCUGCCGGGGCUGCCCUGCCCCAGCUGGUGCCUCUGCCCGCAGAGCGCCCUCCGCUGUGUACACCUGAUGCUGGACCGCAUCCCGCAGGUGCCACCACAGACCACGGUCCUAGACUUGAGGUUUAACAGAUUAAGAGAAAUUCCAGGAAGCGCCUUCAAGCAGCUCAAGCAUCUGAACACUCUUCUCCCGAACAACAAUCACAUCAGAAAGAUUUCCAGAAAUGCUUUUGAAGGCCUUGAAGAUUUGGUCUACCUAUACCUGUAUAAGAACGAAAUUCAUGCCUUAGAUAAACAGACAUUUAAAGGACUCAAAUCCUUGGAACAGCUGUAUAUCCAUUUCAACCAGCUGGAAGCGCUGCAGCCAGACACCUUCGGAGACCUUCCGAAGCUGGAGCGGCUAUUUUUGCACAACAACAAAUGAUCUAAAAUCCCUGUUGGGAGAUUUUUCUCAUCUGAGUCUCUAAACAGGUUGCGCCUGGACUCCAACGCGCUGGUGCGUGACUGUGACUUGCAGUGGCUGGGGGGGGGUUCCGCCCGGAGUGGCCAAACUCAGGCGGCUGCCACGUGCGAGUACCUGGGGUGGCUGCGGGGCUGCCGGGUUGCGUCCCUGACGGCCGAGGAGUUCAGCUGCGAGAGUCCCCUAAUUACUUUUGAGCCCCAAGACGUGGAGGUCACAUCGGGAAACACUGUCUAUUUUACUUGCUGGGCUGAAGGAAGCCCCAAACCUAAGAUAACUUGGAUACAUAACAACCGUUUGUUGGAUUUGGAGGACGAGUCCUGACUUCACAUGUUUGAGGAUGGGACACUCAUGAUCCGAAACACCAGAGAGUCAGACCAAGGCGUCUACCAGUGCAUGGCCAGAAACUCUGUAGAAGCCAAGACGCAGAACGCCAGGCUCAGCUGUGCCGGACUUCCAGCCAUGCCCAGCUUUGUCAUCCGGCCCCAGGACACAGAGGUGCUGGUUGGCACCAGCACGACCCUGGAGUGCGUGGCCACAGGCCACCCGCUCCCCCACGUCACUUGGACCAGGGGCAACGGACAGGCACUGGAUGGAUCCAGGCACGUGGCCACUCCCGGCGGCCUUCACUUGCCGAACGUCGCUCUGCAGGAUCACGGCCUGUUUACCUGUCAUGCUAACAACAGCCACGGCUCUGCCCAAGCUGCUGCCAACAUCAUUGUACACGCUCCACCACGAUUUAUGGUCAGCCCCAAGGAUCAGGUGGUGCUGGAAGAACACGCUGUGGAGUUCCUCCGUGAGGCUGAAGGCCGCCCGCCUCCGGUAAUCGUCUAGACAAAAGCAGGAAGGCAGCUCCCUCUGGAAGGUCAGCCCGUGUGUCACUCCUCCGGCACGCUGAGAAUCGAGCAGGUGGCACGCCACCAUCAAGGCCAAUACGAAUGCUGAGCUGUCAGUCCGCUGGGGGCGAGGAAGGUGUCUGUCCAGCUGACCGUGAGACCCAAAGGCCUCCCGGAGUUGGCCUGCCUGCCGUAGGGUGUCAGCGUGUAGGCCGGAAAGGACGCCAGCCUCUCCUGCCAGGCUCUGGGACAACUGCGGCCGAUUCCCUGGAAUAAGGCAGGUGUGCAGAUUACGGAGAGCGGUAAGUUCCGCAUGGACGGAGGCACGCUGACCAUCUAUGACGCGGGCCAUGCGGACCAAGGACAAUACGACUGCGUGGCUCGGAACCCCUUCGGCCUGGUGGUGGCCACCGCAUUCCUCACCGUCACCGCAGCACAGGGUAGACGAGCCGGUGACGCCUUCGUGGAAUCAUCCAUCCUUGAUGCUGUGCGGAGGGUUGACAGUGCAAUUAACUCCACACGACGACACUUGUUUUCACAGAGACCGCACACCUCCGGGGAUCUGCUGGCUCUCUUCCACUACCCACGGGACCCGUUCACGGUGGUGGUGGCCAGAGCUGGGGAGGUCUUCACGCAGACACUGCAGCUGAUCCGGGACCACGUGAAGCAGGCGCUGACCGUGGACAAGCAGGGCCCAGAGUUCCGCUACAACGCCUUGGUGUCCCCGCGCUCCCUCAGCCUCAUGGCCGACGUGUCAGGGUACACAGCCCGCCGGCCUCUGCUAAACUGCUCCGACCUGUGUUUGCACCGCAAGUACCGAGCAGCGGACAGAGCCUGCAACAACCUGCAGCACCCGACCUGGGGCGCGGCUCUGGGCGCCUUCGCGCGCAUCCUGCAGCCGGCCUACAAGGAUGCUAAUGCGCCUCGCGGGGCUGGCCGCCACCUGGACGCAGGCCCAGCGCCCCUCCCGCUGCCCAGGCUGGUCUCCGCGGAGCUGCUGUUGGGCAUGGCGGCCGUGCCCCCCGACCGCACACACACACACACACACAUGCUCAUGCACUGGGGCCGGUUUCUGGAGCACGACCUGGACCACGCCUUGCCGGCGCUGGGCACCGCGUGCUUCUCGGACGCAAAGCCCUGCAGCUCCGCCUGCUCGCACGACCCUCCCUGCCUCCCUGUGGACUACCCUCGCACUGACUCCUGGAGGGCCCAAGCACCUUGCAGAACGUUGGCACGCUCCAGCUCAGUGUGUGGCAUCGACCUGACCUCUUCCGGAAGGAACUCUGUCCAUACCCGGGAGCAGAUGAACCAGCCCACAGCCUACCUCGAUGCCUCCAGCAUUUAUGGGAGCUCGCAGUGGGAAUCUCUGAUGUUCAGAGACCAUGCGGAGCCGUGGGGACUGCUGAGGACCAGCUCGCGGUGGGCCCCUUCUGGAAAGCCCUCCCCGGCGCCCCCAGCCACUGGGUGAGCAGGCCCUGGCCAGGCCAGACGCGGGCGCUGCUUCCUGGCAGGGGACUACCGCGCCAACGAGCAGCCGGCUCUGCUGGCCAUGCACACCCUGUGGCUCGGCGACCACAACAGGGUGGCCUCCGAGCUGUCGACCCUGAACCCCCACUGGGAUGGGGACACCCUCUACCAGGAGGCCAGGAAGGUCGUGGGCACGCAGCUGCAGCACAUCACCUACAGCCACUGGCUGCCCAAGGUCCUGGGGGAGCCCGGCAUGAAGGUGCUGGGUGAGUACCAGGUAGACCCCACCGUGAACGCCGGCAUCAUCAUCUCCUUCGCCGCUGCAGCCUCUGCACUGGGCCGCGCGUUAACUAAUCCCGUCCUGUAUCGCCUGAAUGACACUUUCUGUGAAAUUCCCGAAGGCCACCUUCCGCUCCACAAAGCUCUCUUUUCUUCGUCCAGGCUAAUAGACGAGGGUGGGAUCGAUCUGCUCCUCCGAGGGCUGUUCGGGGUGGGGGCUGAGCAGCGGCGGGCAGCCCUCCCAACCCCAGGCCUAGCUCGAAGCCUGGCCUCUGCUGCCCGUUCUGCCGCCCAUGACUCAGCCGCUGUCCACAUCCAAAGGGGUCGCGACCAUGGGAUCCUGCCCUAUGUCGACUUCAGGGUUUUCUGUAAUUUGACUUUUGUUGAGAACUUUGAGGAUCUUCAAAAUGAAAUGAAAGAUUCAGAGAUCAGACAAAAGCUGAAAAAGUUGUACACCACGCCAGUGGACAUCGACCUCUGGCCUGCUCUUUUGGUGGAAGACCUGAUCCCUGGCACCAGAGUGGGACCAACACUUAUGUGCCUGUAUGUCACCCAGUUCCGGCGGCUGAGAGAUUCUACCAGGUUCUGGUAUGAAAAUCCCAUAGUGUUCACCCCUGCUCAACUCACUCAGCUGAAACAGGUGUCCCUGGGCCGUGUGCUGUGUGACAAUGGUGACAAUAUCCAGCAAGUCCAGGCUGAUGUCUUCAUAAAGGCGGAAUACCCCCAGGACUACCUGAGCUGCUCUGUGAUCCCCAAGAUCGAUUUGCGAGUAUGGCAAGACUGCUGCGGAAACUGCAGGAGUCGAGAACGGCUCGCAGGCUUUGCUGCAGACACCCGACAGCCCCGCUGGGCUCAGUAUAGCUAUGGGGACAAGAAAGCCAAGGAUCCAGGCCACCUAGGCAGUAGGCAGCGAGACGAUCUGUACCUGGACCAAGCUGCUACCGAUGAGACCCUCGGGACACAGACAGAGGUCACCCAGGAUUUCAGCGAUUUUGCUGUGGAAAUUUGAGAAACCAUGGCAGCUCUCGGACAACAGAUAAACAAGCUUGAGGCGCGCCUGAGGCAGGUGGGAUGCACAGAUGAUAAAGGGGUUCGCAGGAAGGACGAGGAGCGCUGGACGAAGGAAGACUGCAUUAGCUGUGUCUGUGAGAGUGCCCAGGUCACCUGUGUGGUCAACACCUGCCUCCCAGCUCUGUGUUCGAGUCCCAAAUUGGUGAAAGGAACCUGCUGUCCUGUUUGCAGAGACUGAGAAAUGCCAGCUGACCCUCCAGAGAAAUCCCGACUGUUCUCUGCUCGCACACCGUGA